AAUUGAUUCCAUUCUCAAGCUCUUCACACAAUAUAAGGCAGACAUACUGCAAUAAUAAAGGCUCAAGAAGAGACUGAUUAGAAAUACAGGCUAUGUGUGGACCAGCGUGCGUUCGUAAACAGGACGAUGCGCUUUAUAAAAUUCAGUGUGAUUAUCAAGAUUUACCUGUUCCUGACAGUAGCAGGAAUUGUUAUAUAUGCAACCUUCUAUAUGUGUGGAAUAGCAGAAAAUACUCGAAAGAGCGUUCCAUCAGUUUUGAACAGUUCCAUCGAAUACGAAAUUCGGAGUGUUGACGUAGGUAGCUUAACUGUUACACUUGUGUCUGAAACUGUCGCUAAAGUUGAGGAGAGUCCAGAUUUCUGUCCACAGACUCCACUUUAUCUAGAGGGGCAGCGGAAAUUGGACAUGAGACCUUGUUUAUUGGCAGAAUGCAAUAUAAAAGCCUCACAGUUUGAGGAAAAAUCAAUGGAUAUGUGUAACUUAAUGCUGUGUAAUAAGUCAGUUUGUGCACAAGUCAAAUGUGUGAACUCUACUAAUACUUCUUCAAUCAUUUACACGAAUUAUAUCGUAACACUAAACACUACCUUAGAAGAGUGUCUAUAUGAUAGCAAUACAACACUUCAACAGUUUCAUAGAUUUGGAGGACAAUGGAGGCCUUCACAGUGUAUUCCUGUACGACAUUUAGCCAUUGUUAUACCAUUCAGAGACCGUGAGGAGCACCUGUGUAUUCUCCUCAAAAACCUUAUACCGAUGCUAAUGUUGCAAUUAACUGAGUUUAGACUUUUUGUCGUAGAACAGACAGGAAAUGGUACAUUUAAUAAGGGAAGGAUAAUGAAUGCAGGUUUCUUGGAGGCCAUGAAGACGUACAAUUUUGAUUGCGUCAUAUUUCAUGACGUCGAUCUUAUUCCGGAACAUGAUGGGAAUCUUUACGAUUGUGGAGAUCAUCCGCGCCACCUAUCAGUGGCUAUUGACAAAAUGAGCUACAAACUAAUGUACUCCUUUUUGGUAGGUGGGGUGUUAGGAUUUAGGCCAGACCAAUUCCGCCGGGUCAAUGGAUAUUCUAAUGCUUUUUGGGGUUGGGGCGGCGAGGAUGACGAUAUGGCACUAAGGAUUGUAUACUCCGGACUUAGAAUAAUGCGUCCACCAGUGACUGUUGCCCGUUAUAAAAUGUUAACGCAUGAAAAGAGAAAACCAUGGAGUAAAAGGAUCGCCAUGUUGCGGACUUCUAGGCUGAGGAUGCGUCAAGAUGGAGUAAAUAGUGUGUCUUAUAAAAUUGUUUCCUUCAAGACGUAUGCCUACUAUACUAAAAUAGAAGUUGAUGUUGGAAAACAAUGAAUAUU